UGGCAUGGCCGGCCGUGCGGCAGUCAAGGCUACCGGCCGAACGGGAAUUUUCCCAGUAUCCCGGUAGGCCAGUCCGGCCCUGGGCCCUAUUUAUGACCGCCUCACACUGCUGACCAGGCGAUUAAUAGUUUCUGCUUGGAGUUGCUAUAGCCUGUGUGUCUUGGAUCUCCUGCUUCUCCAUACAUCUCAAAGCUAAGUACUUGUUACCUUCGCUGUAUGUUGUUAUCUGGUGUGUGUUGUUUCUAGGCCUCAGGGAGACGCGGGUUCCUUCAUCGGGGAAGAAUCCAACUGUCUCAUCCCCGCCUACCUAUCCUAGGGCUCGUCUGUUUUAGCAGGGCUUUAGGUAUACGGCGUAUGAGUAUUUCCACCAUCAGGAUCUGCUCAUACUGGCAGGAGUUAAGGAAAGGCCUAGGGAUUACUAGGAGGUCAUCGUCCCUCUUCCUUAGCUUUUGAAGCCUAGAUUGUCGUCUAUUCGUUGUGGUGUGUAUUUGGUGUUUUCCCUUACCCUUAUCUGUGACAAUUAAUUUCUGAGCCAGCCUAAUUGUAUGCUAUAUUAUUAUUCAUGGGACACCUUAGACGUUUGUUUUGUGUCAUUAGAUUACAGAUAUAAUAUUUUAAAAAAAGCAAUGAAUAUUUAAAUAAAGAGUCCAAAUUAUGAAAAACAUUUUUUUUAUCAUUUUUUUCUGUUACAAAAGAUUUCAAGACAAAAUAUUUCUAAAACCAUAUGUUUUUACUGUGGAAAUGGACACUUUUGUAUAAUUUAUCUACUGGCUGGGCCCACCACAAAACUGGAGCGCAUUUUGGAUUUUGGCAGCCUAUUUUUCUAUUGCUGAUUCUGUGGCACCAUACCACCAGAACAAGUGUUGUACAGGGACAAAACAUUAGAAACUCCUUCAAGGGGGCACUCUGACAUCGAGAAGAGCACGCCACUGAUGGCUUUUUGACUUCACACUGCGAUGGAUCGCUGUACACCUGCCGGGGCUCUGGGAUACUUACUGUGACCGGAGAUGUCUAAUGACAGCACAGCCACAGAGAUCUACAACCCCAUGGAGCGCUGACAGAUCUCAAUGUGACCUGACACUUUCAUACGUCGGGCUACAUGUCCCGGUAUCCCGCUGCUCAGACCCGUGUCUACCUGGAAGCCGGAAAAUGGCGAGACCAACAAUUCACACCUGCUGCUAUGACUGCGUCCCAUGUUCAGAAGGAGAGAUAUCCCAAAUAACCAAUUCUGACAGCUGCAUUAAAUGCCAAAGUGAUGAAUGGCCUAAUGAGAAGAGAGACCGAUGCCGGCCCAAAGGAGUGGAAUUCAUCUCUUACCAGAACGACACCAUUGCUUCUGUCUUCUCCUGUGUCUCGGUCUUCGGAUGUCUUGUGACCGGCUUCAUAUUUGGAAUAUUCAUUUCCCAUCGAGACACUCCUAUUGUUAAAGCCAAUAACAGGAACCUGAGUUAUCUCCUCCUGGUCUCCAUCAUCCUCAGCUUCCUCUCUGUCUUCUUGUUUCUGGGUCGUCCCAAUGAUGUGACUUGUAGAUUACGUGAAACCAGUUUUGGAAUCUUCUUCUCAGUAGCCGUCUCUUCACUUCUCGCCAAGACUGUGAUGGUUUGUGUUGCUUUUAAGUCCACCAAGCCUGGAAGCCCUUGGAGAAAAUGGCUCAGUGUGAAACUACCAUACACCAUAGUGUCAUUGUGUUCAUCCUUUCAAGCUGUAAUCUGUAUUAUCUGGUUGUCUAUUUCUCCUCCAUUCCAGGACCUGGACACUGACUCUUAUCCUGGGAAGAUCAUCAUUCAGUGUAAUGAAGGCUCCGAUAUCUGGUUCUACUCCAUGUUGGGUUAUCUGGGGCUCCUGGCAGCUGUGAGCCUUGUUCUGGCUUUCAUGGUGAGGACAUUGCCGGACAGUUUUAAUGAGGCCAAGUACAUCACCUUCAGCAUGCUGGUGUUCUGCAGCGUCUGGAUCUCCAUGAUCCCGGCUUAUCUGAGCACCAGGGGAAAGAACAUGGUGGCUGUGGAGAUAUUUGCAGUCAUGGCUUCCAGUGCUGGACUUUUAGGUUGUGUGUUUUUCCCAAAAUGUUUUAUUAUUUUGUUUACAUCUGAAAUGAACAGAAAAGCUGACCUGCUGGGGAAAAGAAAUAACUGACGGCAAAAUGGUCACCCUGAUAAUAGUGAUUAACUCUGAAAGAACAACUUGUAGAUAUCAUCUUAUACUAGAAAGAAAUGAAAACAUAUAAUUAGAUUCCAAUCAUUACAUUGUCUCAGCAGUGCAUUUAUUAGGAGGAGAAGGAGAGGACCUCCCCAUGUCUACCUGCUGAUAUGUAGAAUAUACACAGGCAUUACUGCUCCUUGCUAUAGCUAAUGAAUUCAUACAUCUGACAUGGUGUCAAAGACAUCGGACCAAAAAUAUCAGUCCCUUGAGGUUACGGGGGCUUUGUAAUUGUCUUUCUGUG